AUGACAGCAACAGCCAUUCUUUGCUAUAAUCCAUCUAACAACUUUUUGAGGACAAAUCAGCCUAAACAAAGAUACUUGAAAAAUAAUUCAUUUUCUUCCAGUUUAUCUGCUUCAAGAUCAUUCACUUGUGGGUUUGCUCCUUUCAAACUCUUGGUGAAAAGGGCGAUGGAUGGAUCUGUAAGAACUGCUUACAGAGAUGGAAAGAGUGAUGAACAUAUUGAAGUGCUUGAACAAGAAGCUUUUGUUGAUAGGUCAUCUGAGGUUCAGCCUAAGUUUUUGUUCCAAGAGGUGGAAUCAACUCUUAACCGACUGAGCAAGUGGAUAGUAUCUGCCCUCUUUGGUAUUUUUGUUAUUUGGAGGCAUGAUGCAGAAGCCCUGUGGUUUGCAGGGGGAUCUGUUGUAAAUGCAGUGCUUUCUGUUUUACUGAAACAAAUAUUGAAUCAGAAACGACCUUCAACUCUGAAAUCUGACCCUGGGAUGCCAUCUUCACAUUCUCAAGCCAUCUUCUUUGCUGUCAUGUUUACUAUCUUGUCAAGUAUUGAAUCGUUUAGAAUCAAUGCAUUCACCAUUACUAGCAGUGGCCUGAUUUUGGCACUUGGUUCUUAUUUGUCAUACCUGCGAGUCUCGCAAAAGCUCCACACAGUGAGCCAAGUGGUUGUUGGAGCUGUUGUCGGGUCCAUUUUCUCUAUCUCAUGGUAUUGGUUAUGGAAUACUUCUGUGCUAGAUGCUUUUGCAUCCUCUUUGUGGGUCAGAAUCGUUGUUAUUAUAGGGUCUGCAGGCGUUUGCUUAGGUUUUCUUUUACAUGUGGUUCGACAUUGGCUUAAAGACAUUGAAAUUUGA